GCCAGUCAUCGAAAGACGUUUCCGUGAGAAAGAGAGAUUAGGCGACGCUUGGGUUCCUCCCUUGGAUGCUCUGCAAGUUUGUUUAGACGAUCCAGAAAUAGCACCAGAUCUCAAUCCAAAUAAUGUAGAUUAUAACUUUAUUGUUGACCUAAUUGGAUUAUUUAUAUUUACUUCUAUGUCAUCUACGCCUAAUUUUGCUUCCUAUAUUUUAUAUGAAAUGGCAAAAAGGAAAGAAUAUUGGCAAGAAUUAUAUCAGGAGGCUCAAGAAAUUAAUAAACAGUGUAAUGGCAAACUUAAAGCCGAUGAUCUUGAUAAAAUGGUAAAAUUGGAUAGCUAUAUUAAAGAAGCUUUGAGAUUAAAUUCUAAUUUACUCAAUUUACCACGCAAAUGUGUUGCUGAAUCUCAUUAUACAUUUUCGGAUGGAUAUCAAAUACCAAAUAGUCGUAUGGUCUAUGUAAAUGCACAUGAUAUAUCUUUCGAUGAAAAAUUUCAUGGUCAGAAUCCCAAAGAAUUCAAUCCACAUCGUCAUUUAGAAC